AUGCCAGUUCUUUCGUUAUUAUACUCAAAGCAGGCGAUGUACUUGAGGACUGUCUCCCUCAAGAUUAUGGCCGUUUUGCAAAGUUUUGUCGAAACAAUCGUGCCAUCAAAGGAAUCAGAAAAUACUGAAACAACCACUUCCUCAAAAGAAGAGGAGGAACAGAAGAUCGAUUGCACGGAAGCAAAGCUAUUAUUCCCUAAGAAACACAAUGUGGAUACUUCACUCGAUUUCAAGGCUUCGAUAGUGCCAUGUGCGCUCGACUUGUCAGCGCUCCAAAGCCCAAUGUCUAUGACCAAGACUCCUGAGGGUCACAUGGAAUGGCAAAUGGUGGAUCCAGCAAUUGCGCAAGAGGAUAGCAGAGCGUCUCCAUUGUCGCCUAAAAGCAACUCGUCCAGAAGUGAAGAGAAAGAUGUCAGUGAUGACAAAGAAGCCUCAAAAUUUGUGUGCCAUUACUGUGAUGCCGAAUUCCGCAUCAGGGGCUACUUGACGCGACACAUAAAAAAGCACGCAGUUGAGAAGGCUUACUAUUGCCCCUUCCUGGUCAAGGACCUUCCUCCAGAAAGUCGCUGUCAUAACACUGGUGGUUUCUCAAGAAGGGAUACUUACAAGACUCAUUUGAGAUCGAGGCACUUUAUUUAUCCAAAGGGUGUGAAGACGCACGACAGAGCAAAGUCUUCGGGUCACUGCGCUCACUGUGGGGAAGAAUUUGAAAACACAGACGUUUGGAUUCAGUCUCAUAUCGAAACAGGAGAGUGCAAAGGUCUUCCCGAGGGUUUCACCGGGCUUGUCAAAAACUCUAGAAAGUCAGGGAAAUUAAAGAUGAUCAAGACAUCUAAUGGCCAUUCGCGCUUCAUAUCCACUCAACAAAGUGUGAUUGAACCCAACGUACUUUUCAAUAAGGAAGCUAUCGAGGCCACCGCCAUCGUCGUGAAUGAGGCAAGCCAAAGCACAGGUGAUCGUGGUAUACCUGCUAUUACCAAGAUGAGCGACAACAGAAUUAUGCUGAACUCGGAAAACUUCAAGGGUGCUCCAAAGCCCAAAAAACGGGGCAAGAAUGUGAGAAGGAACGAAAACAUACUAAAGACUCACUGCAUGGCUACUCCUGAGGAUACAAUUGUUCGUACUAGCUCCUCUGAUGACUGCGUAACACCUUUGGAGGAAACUCCCUUGGAUGACAUUUAUCUCUCCAUGGAUCCCUCUCCCACUGAGGAUGGUGCUUUGGAACCUGUUAAUUCUGCCUCUUCUGCGUCCUCACAUCUAUCGGCUCAGGAUACAUACGCCAAGAAGCAAAUGAAAAUGUUAUCUUUCCCACUGGCGACUGCACAGGCCCCAUUGGACGAUGAUGUCUACAACAUUCCUUUAGACCUAGAUCAAUCGCCAAUGAUUACAGUUUACAAUGAGCCGGUAAAUACUUCCAAAGAUAUGCGUAUGGCAUCUGCGAUGAACGCACCUAUAAUCGAAACUUUAAACAAGCAAAUGGACCCCGUUCUUUUAAGUGAAAGACAUUUAAGGGAAACUCAACAGUACCUAAAUUUCUACAACUAUACCUUCGACACACAGCUAUAG